AUGACUGCAACUACAAUAUCUCAAACAUUUAGUAAAGAAAAUACGUACGAAAAUGUCAUUAUAUCAUAUAAUUUAACUUAUCUCAAUUUUACUGAGAGUGCCAGAAUAAUAAUUAAUGACCAAUUAAAGUUAUGGCCAGAAUCGAAACAAGACUACUUAAAUACGCUGUUUGAAGAGUUACAAUUGCAGAAAAAUUUGCAUACUAGUUGCCUCCCAAAAUAUACGAAUUGCCUCCCAUCCCUAUCGAAAAUAAAAAGGCUAAUUUACGGCAGCCUUCAUCAAGUAUAUUGUGUACAAUUAGAUAGAUAUCUCGUAACUCGGAAGUCAUGGUAUCAAAAGAAUGAAAUAAUAAUAUCUAAGGAAUACUGGACUAAAACAAAGUGGUGUAUGAAAUAUUACAAUCUGGAACCGAUUAAAGAUACCACACCUGUAACCAAUCCACCUUUACAGAAUAAAUAAAAAACUAGUUGUUUUUAUAGAAAUGUUAUUUUAUUUAAUAUGACCUUUAACUGUAUUUUAAAAAUGUAUAAUAUUUACAAAAACCAAGGAACAUAUGCUAUAUACUAAUAUUAUAUUAAAAGUGUUAAUCAGUCCAUUUAAAUUAUUAUUUUUUUUUAUUUAAAUAUAUGAUGCAUAGAAUAGGUACAUAUAAAGUAUAAAAAUGUAUUAACAUUAAUGUAUAGGAUAAUAAUAUCUUUUAUGAAUUUACAAAAAAUAUACUGGUGUAUAACAUAUUAACA